UUCUGCUGCUUGGAGCAAAUAGUGAUUAUCUGGAAGCAGAGCUGUUCCCAGUGUACUCUCAUAUCCCACUGGGGAGGGCAAGUGGAACUGCUCUGUGCCCAUGAGCUUUUGUGAUUGUGUUACCGGUUGACUGCUUUGGUUCUCUCUCCUCUUGUACAGGAACAUGCCCAAGAAAGGAGGGAAGCAUGCUGAAAUGGGAAAAGAGAUGCAGGCACAAUGUAAACGAGCAAAGGUGGAAAAAGCUUGUUCUCUGUCAGUCAUGAGUUUCGAGAGCCCGGACAGCCUCUUCGGAAGCUUGAUCUCUCCCAUCAAACAAGAGAUGUUUUUCAGGGAGUAUUGGGAGCAAAAGCCACUGCUCAUUCAGAGAAAUGAUCCUCUGCUGGCUGCUUACUACCAGUCCCUGUUCCAGUUGUCAGAUUUGAAGGAACUGUGCAGCCAGGGUCUAUACUAUGGGCGAGAUAUAAAUAUCUGCAGAUGUGUGAAUGGAAAAAAGAAGGUUUUAAAUAAAGAAGGCAAAGUGAAUUACAUGCAGCUGAAGAAGGAUUUUGACCAGAAAAAGGCAACAAUACAGUUUCAUCAGCCUCAGAGAUUUAAGGAGGAGCUGUGGAAGAUUCAGGAGAAGCUGGAGUGCUACUUCGGGUCUCUGGUUGGGUCGAAUGUUUACAUUACUCCCCAGGGGUCACAGGGCCUUCCCCCUCACUACGAUGAUGUUGAGGUGUUCAUCCUUCAGCUAGAAGGCGAGAAACAUUGGCGACUUUAUAAACCAACGGUGCAUUUAGCUCGGGAAUAUAAUGUUGAAUCAGAAGAUAGGAUUGGGAAUCCCACACAUGAAUUCAUACUAAAGCCAGGUGACUUGCUGUACUUCCCAAGGGGGACUAUUCACCAAGCUGACACUCCUCUUGGGAUCUCUUAUUCUACACAUGUGACCAUCAGUACCUACCAAAACAACUCUUGGGGAGAUUUCUUAUUGGAUGCAAUUCCUGGCCUUGUGUUUGAUACAGCAAAAGAAGAUGUGGCGCUGCGGACAAGCAUACCAAGACAACUGCUUAUGGUGGAUAUAGCUGACUCAACAAAAAAACUGAGUAGCCUUUUGAGAAGGCUUGCAGACCGCCUGGACAACACCAGCGAGCUGAGAUCAUCUGACAUGAAGAAGGAUUUCAUCAUGAACCGGUUGCCACCUUGCUUGGGAUGCGACUCUGAUCCUUUGACUCCAGGUGGGAAAUUGCCAAAAAUAGAUAGCAAAAUCAGACUGCAGUUUAAAGAUCAUGCUAUCAUUACAGUGGAACCAGAUCAAGAGAAUCCCGAUGAAAUUCGCAGAGAGAUGGUUUAUGUGUAUCAUUCUUUAAAGAACAGGAGAGAGACUCACAUGAUGGGGACAGAAGACGAUACGGCUAGCGAGGAGGGCACAGCACAGCAGACUCAUGGACUGCGGUUUCCUUUGUCAUACUUGGAUGCACUGAAGCAGAUUUGGAGCAGCAACACCACUUAUGUUAAAGAGCUUAAGCUUACCUCAGAUGAAGAGAAAGAAAACCUGGCCUUGUCGCUAUGGACUGAAUGCCUCAUUGAAGUUAUUUGAUGCUUUUGUGAAUGAGCUGCUGCUGUAAGUCAGUCGUAUUUCUGGCCAUUACAAAUAUCUUGAGGGAAAAGCAAAUUAAAUUACUUUUUUAUCCAUCCAGCCUUUGGUUUGUACUGCUGUCUAACAAAGCAUUGCCAUACAUAGACUUCGCUCCUUGCUGGUGCAGAUGUUACUUUUCUUUCCUUAGCUUUGGGAAAAUGGGCAUUAGGAGAAAGAGGUAAACUGCUCAUUGGGCAAUGAGCCACAGCUCCUGUCUGUGGGUGGGUGAAGUCACUCACAGUCACACCCCUGCUGCCGUAUCCCCUCUCCUCUGGAUGCAUGCCUUGCUGUGGGGGACAUCUAAAGCCGUACAUGGAGCAGGC